GUUACCCUUGCCCUGGUUUGGAGUCUGUUUUUUUUGGAAGGUACGUUUGAAGCGUGUGUUUUCUUUUUCAGGAUUUAGUUAAUGUAUUUUUAUUAACUGGUCUUUGCAGUGUUUGUGCAGCAGCUGAAAAUGUGUUAUAUAGUUUUUUUGGUCGUUGUUUAAAUUUCCAAACAUGGCGUAAUGAACUAUGACCUGAGUAAGUUAGGAUAGUUUGCUAUCAGUCAGUAAUCACAGUCCUUCUCACAUUGUGCAUUUUAUCCCACUUAAUGUUUUCUCAGCAGAAGAAAACAGAUCACAUCUAUUAAGUGACAUUAUUUAUGUGCACACAUUUACAGGUCGCAUUCAUUUGAAGUCAUGUUAAUCCUGAGUUUGCUCUUUUCCUGAUUCAUUUUUUAAGAGAUGAUAUAAAUUUUAUUCUAUUGCUAGCUUCAUUUUAUAGAAAUUUACUCAAAACUAAAUUUUGUGAUAGGCUGAAGUAGCAGUCAUUAUUAUUUUGCUCAAUAUUGACUUGAUCAUGAUUGUAUGUUUCACAAUCAUUCAUGAUUUAGGGACAGAUGAGUUUUAUUGCACUAUGUAAAAACUGGUUGUAAUUCCUACUUGGUUAAUACAAUAUUUCUGUUAAACUGCUUGAAUUAAAGCUGAAAGUCUACACUUCAAUCUCAUCUUGAUUGCUUCAUUUCAAAUCCAUUGUGGUGGUAUACAGAGGCAAAAUUAUGAAAAUUGCAUCACUGUCCAAAUACUUAUGGACCUGACUGUACAUACCACCAAAUAAAGCCAAAAAUCUAGUCUUUGGAUGAUGUUAGAAAUAAAUUGUUUAUUUUGCAUAUAUAAUAAGCUAUAUAUAAUGUGGUUUAAUGUUCUUAAUGGGGUUCCAUUCUACUUGGUGUGGUUUAUAAGGUCUAGAUAGAUAGAUAGAUAGAUAGAUAGAUGAGUAAAUUAAGAUGUAAAUGAUAUCAUCAUGACACAUAAAAUUGCAUAUAUCAAGGAACAACAUUUUAGAGAUAAAAUAUCUUAAAAUUUGUGCAUUGCGCAAAAGAUGAGUUUUAAUAUGUUUAUAUUUAAUAUAAUAUAAUAUUAUAGAUGCCAUUUAUACCAAACUCAUCAUUUCUACCCAUAGUGCCUUAUGUUUAUUUAAUUUUUUUUCAGGUUGUUUUUGUGAACUAACAUGUCUGCAUCUGUGAGUUUACUUAUCAGCUAUGCUGACUCUGUGAUUUUUGUUAUACUCUGUAAAUGUGUGUAUUGUUUUGUUCAGUGUGUGUGUGUGUGUGUGUGUGUGUGUGAGAGAGAGAGAGAGAGAGAGAGAGAGAUGGCGCUAUCUGGAGUGCGUGUGAUUGAGUUAGCCGGACUCGCUCCAGCACCCUUCUGUGGAAUGAUCCUGUCUGAUUUCGGGGCCCGAGUGAUCCGUGUAGAUCGGACAAAGGUCACCAUGGCGAUGGACUCACUAGCAAGAGGCAAACAGUCCGUGGCCUUGAACCUGAAGAGUCCACAGGGCGUGGCCGUGCUGAAAAAACUGUGCAUUCAGUCAGACAUAGUUCUUGAACCUUACCGGAAAGGGGUGAUGGAGAAGUUGGGUUUGGGUCCUGAAGAGCUGCUGAAGGAAAAUCCUCGCCUUAUUUAUGCUCGACUCACAGGAUAUGGCCAGAGCGGCUCCUACGCCAAAACUGCAGGACACGACAUUAACUACCUGGCCAUGUCAGGACUGCUGUCCAUGUUGGGCCGCAGCUCGGAGAAGCCCUAUGCCCCGCUGAACUUGGUGGCUGACUUUGCAGGAGGAGGCCUGAUGUGUGCUUUAGGGAUCGUUCUGGCUUUGCUGGAGAGAAGCAAGUCAGGCCAGGGCCAAAUCAUCGAUGCUAGCAUGGUGGAGGGAGCAGCGUAUGUGGGUUCCUUCAUGUGGAAGUCUCGCAGUCUUGGUCUGUGGAACCGGCCUCGUGGGGAGAACAUGCUGGACAGUGGCGCUCCGUUCUACGACACGUAUCAGACCUCUGAUGGGAAGCACAUGGCUGUGGGGGCCAUCGAACCUCAGUUCUAUGAUCAACUGAUCCAAGGCCUUGGAUUGGAUGCUGCGUCCCUCCCACCGCAGAUGAGCUUCUCUGAUUGGCCGGAGCUUAGGCAGACAUUCGCCCGGGUGUUUGCAGAGAAGACUCAGGCAGAAUGGAGCAGGAUCUUCGACGGGACGGACGCCUGCGUGACCCCGGUGCUACCUCUGGAUGAAGCCGGGUCACAUCCACAUAACCGAGAGAGGGGUUCGUUUCUGAUGGACGCUCAGGAUGAGGUCAGUCCUCGCCCUGCACCUGUCCUGUCUCGCACCCCGGCUCGGCCGUGUCUGUCUCGUGACCCUGUCGUGGGUGAACACACUCGCUCCGUGCUGGAGGAAUACGGCUUUGAUCCGGCUCAUAUCGAACAGCUGCUGUCAGCCGGCGUGGUGGAGUGCAACAAAGCCAAAGCACGUCUCUAAGACGAUGAAGCAGCAGCAUCACUGGUGAAUCAUUCACCACACACGCGCACACACACACACACACACACACACA